UGUUGAUGCCUCCUGAAGAUACUCUGUUCUCCCUCCUGAAGAGCAGUGGGCAAGACCAACCCCAUGGAACGAAGGAACCAGAGUGGGAGAGUUAGUGAGUUUGUGUUGCUGGGCUUUCCAGCUCCUGUACCAUUGCGGGCACUAUUGUUUGCCCUUUCUCUGCUGGCCUAUGUGUUGGUGCUGACUGAGAACACACUCAUCAUUAUGGCAAUUAGGAACCACCCCACCCUCCACAAACCCAUGUACUUCUUUCUGGCUAAUAUGUCCUUCCUGGAGAUCUGGUAUGUUACUGUCACUAUUCCCAAGAUGCUAGCUGGGUUUGUUGGAUCCAAACAAGGCCAUGGACAGCUAAUCUCCUUUGAGGGUUGCAUGACACAGCUCUACUUUUUCCUGGGUCUGGGCUGCACUGAGUGUGUUCUUCUUGCAGUUAUGGCCUAUGACCGCUACGUGGCCAUCUGCCACCCUCUGCACUACCCUGUCAUUGUCAGUGGCUGGCUGUGUAUGCAGCUGGCAGCUGGCUCCUGGGCUGGAGGUUUUGGCAUCUCCAUGGUCAAAGUUUUCCUCAUUUCUCGCCUCUCUUACUGUGGCCCCAACAUCAUCAACCACUUUUUUUGUGAUGUCUCCCCAUUACUCAACCUUUCAUGCACUGACAUGUCCACAGCAGAGCUAACAGACUUUGUCCUGGCCAUUUUUAUCCUGCUGGGACCGCUCUCUGUCACUGGGGCCUCCUACAUGGCCAUCACUGGUGCUGUGAUGCGCAUUCCCUCAGCUGCUGGGCGCCAUAAAGCCUUUUCCACCUGUGCCUCUCACCUGACUGUUGUGGUCAUCUUCUAUGCAGCUAGUAUCUUCAUCUACGCCCGGCCAAAGGCCCUCUCAGCUUUUGACACCAACAAGCUGGUCUCUGUACUCUAUGCUGUCAUUGUACCAUUGCUCAACCCCAUAAUUUACUGCUUGCGCAAUCAAGAGGUCAAGAGAGCCCUACGCCAUACUCUGCACUUGUACCGGGGCCAGGAUUCUAAGCUUGGGAAAGCUAACAGAGAUGGGUAGAAGGGAAGUGUUAGGGCUUAGAAAAUGUUCUUAAACUUGGGAUCUGUGUCUUCUAUGAAGUCCAGAGGAGCUUGUAGGUCCUACAUUAGGGA